CCCCCCCCCCCCCCACCUCUCUCUGUUUUCAGCACCUGUCUGCAAUCAGCCUGAUCGCCACCGGCGUAUAUAAGCCUGCCUGUUCCCGGAAAUCCUCGCCUAAGUAUCGCAGCCUCUCCUCGCGCUAGCACGGCCCGCCUUAUGUCAACAUAUGGCAAGAGAGCAGCUAUGCAAGAAUGGUGAUCCAUGUUACAUUCUUGAUGUCAUCUCCACUCUCCUGACCAAGGAUCUGCUCACCUCUGAGAGGGAACGACAUCCUGCACCCACAAAGACAAAUGAUUAGGAGAGGCCCCACAGCACAGGCCGACCGAUGAAGACCGCCUUCGCUCCCAAGGCGAGCGCCUUCAGGACGUCGGUCCCUCGCCUCACUCCGCCAUCCAGGUGGACUCACUUUCCCUGCAGAAUCACGCCUUCCUGUUGCAGAAAAUACUCCAGCAAGACUGAACCAGACAGUUGCAGAGACCAAAUGAUGAUGAUGAUGAUGAUGCUGAUGAUGAUGCUGAUGAUGGGAGAGACUUGGGUGCAGUCAGUGAGCUGUGCGCGCAGCAGUCAUGGCGGAGGCCGGCGCUCAUCUGACCUCCAGCGCCGCGCGUGAGCGGCCGUCCGUCUUUGAGGUUUUGGCUCAGGAGUCCCUGAUGGAAGCGGUGAAACCAGCGCUGAGACACGCGGUCGAGGUUCUUGCAGAGUCCAACCCGUCCUGCUUUGGUUUCCUGUGGCGACGCUUUGACGAGUUCUACCUCCUGGUGGAUGUCCUCCUGCAAAACCACUUCCUGUCCCACUGUAGCGCCUCCUUCUCUGAGAACUUCUACGGUCUGAAAAGGGUGUCAGGAGGGCAGGGCCUUCCCGUCGGCCUGGGCCUGCACAGGAAGGCCCGCCGGCGCUCGCUUCUUCUCCUGUGCCUCGUGCCGUACUUGCGGGCCAAGCUGGAGGUCACGUUUGCCCGCCAAAGGGAAGAGGAGGACUUCUCCAUACGGCUGGCGCAGAGCAGGACUCAGAGGCUGUACCGGGCGGCCGUGGCAGCCUACCCGUACGUCAACUCAGCCUGGCGGGCGUGGGUCUUCUGUCAGCAGCUGCUCUUUGUCUUCGGAGCGGUCAGCACCCACAGUCCUUUGCUGUGGCUGGCCAGGGUCCGACUGGCUCGACUCACCGAGCGAGAUAUCGGAGACAUGGAGCUCAACGCGAGAAAUAGGGGAAUCCCGCCCGGAGACCGCACGGUCCGGAGAGCGUGGUGGUUGAUGUCGCAAGCAGCGAGGGGAGCGGCCGUCUCCCUGUCCACGUGCCUCUCGCUGGGAGUCUUCUUUUUGCAGUUCCUGGAGUGGUGGUAUUCGUCCGACAACCAGGCCGCCGUGAAGAAUCUCGCGUCCCUCCCUGUCCCACCGCCUCCCCUCCACCUGCACACGGCCGACGUCGAGGAGGACGGUCGGCCCGACGCCUCGGCCGACGGGACGCGCUGUCCGCUCUGCCGGAGGCUUCGCGCGAACGCCACGGUGCUGUCCACGUCGGGCUUCGUCUUCUGUUACCGCUGCGUCUACACCUACGUGAAAGCCAACCGCCGUUGUCCGCUCACCGGCUACCCGACUGAACUCCAGCACCUCAUCAAGAUCUACUCGCCGGACACGUAAAACAAACUUCAGGUGACUAGCGUGUGCUUGAUUUUUAGGCUCAAGCCAUCUUUUCUCCCUCUGCCUUGUCAAAGUAUCCUUCAGCAAGAUAGUAGGCGUCCAGUCGUCAUCACUAUGUGAAUGACAUGGUACUUUCCUCCAAUGACGGGAUGCAACGUCCUCACUAUGUGAAAGUGACAUUGUAAAAUUGCUCUGAGUAUCUUUGACGGUAGGUACAUCAUACUAGUUACACAUCCAACCAAUCACUUUUGAAUGAUCGGAUGAAUUACCAUAGUAACGAGUUAGACACCGUUGCGCUGUGUACUGUACUUUUCCAACUAAUCAUUUUACUUUGUAUCAAAUGUCAAUUAUAGUGGAUAUACUUAUGAGGUAAACACUACACUAAUGCAGUCUAAUAAUUAUUACAUGUAAAAGUAUUGGGACACUAAGUCCAUCCAUUACUGAAAACGUAACGCACAACGAUGUCCAAAAUUAAGGCCUUAGCUAACCUAAAAAAAAAAAUGUUUUUCCAUUAUCCUUAAAUCAGCCCUUCAUAGGUCUUAAAAAUGCCCCAGCCACAAUAAACUAAAUUAUAAAUGA